GGAUAGUCGACAAGAGAAUACAUUACCUUACAAAAAAUGAUGAUGAAAGAUAUUCAAAAGAUGAGAGUCGAGAAGAUUAAUGCCAGGGACGAAGCUUUUCAGUCACCAGGAGAUCACGUGAGAUUCAUAAGCCCAGAGGUUUACAAAUCCAAUAGACAGAAGUAUCUCAGAAGCUACACGUUCAAAAGCUACGAGGAGGAAGCAGACUUGUCUUCCAAGAAACAAAAGAAGUGGUUCAAGAACAAGAAGAUGAUGAUCAAAUUCAAGAAGACAAAUGAUUCCCUUGGCAACUCGCUCAAGUCUUGUCUCAUGCUCUUGUUCUCUUGCUUCCAUGUCUGAUAUUUCUAAAUUGAUAACCCCCUCCCUCCUCCCUUUACUUUUGUCUGUGAUCGUAAUUUUUCCGUCUUCACUGUUCUUUUGGAAUAAUUUCGAACUCCUUGUGUAAACUUUAACUAUGUUUAAUUCGAAUAUCACACUAUUUUUCCGUG